GUCGCCGAAUUGUUUUGAUAUUUCGAUGUGUCUGAGUAAGUAGUUUGUUUUCUAUCCAAAUCGGUAUCGGUACACAUAGUACCCAAUCGUUACAGUAGUAGUAAGUACCGCCGCUUGAUAAUAAUGGCAAAAUCGAAAGUGAACAAUGUUGGUGAACUAUUAAAACCAUCUUUAGGUGACGAUUUCGAAGUGAUAAGUGAAGAUACCUCACUCUUAACCGCGCCAGGUGAACAUUAUGGAAGUAUUAUGCUCGCGUUGAAAGUUAAAAUUAAACGAAAAAAUUCUGGCAAGGUUGAAGACCUCGAUAUUGUUGCCAAAUUAAUUCCUGCAAAUGAAAUGUUACGGCUCGCUUUUGAUAUACCGGUCACAUUCAAAAAGGAAGUGUUCGCUUAUAAAGAAACUAUACCAGCUCUAGUGGAGUUUCAAAAGGAAUACGGAGUGCCGGACUAUAAAUUACAUGACAAUUUAUUUCCAAAAUGUUUAGGAGCUCGACUGAGUGUAGACGAAAACAAAAACAUUGUAGACGAAGACGCAGUGUUACUAUUUGAAAAUUUAAAAAUUAAAGGCUUCGUGACAGAGGACCGACUAAAAGGUUUCGACUUGAGUGCCACAAAAAUAAUUUUGCCCGAUUUGGCAAGAUUUCACGCAGUACCCAUAGCUUUGAGAAUCCUUAAGCCCCACGUUUUUGAAGAAAAAGUUCUGCCAGCUACAGUUUCGAACAAAGGCUUAGAACAACUACCUGAAGAAGUAGGUUUAUCUUUUAUUACUGCCAUUUUGGAUGGAGCUCGUGAAGUACCAGAAUUGGAGCCAUUCUUGCCAAAAAUACAAAAACUUGUGGAUGAAGAUCAGGAAUUUUCUUAUAUCCUUAGAAACCAUGACGAGGAUUUAUGGGCCUCAAUAAGUCACGCAGAUUUUUGGGUAAGCAACACAAUGAUUCGCAAAGACAAAAAUGGAGUUACAACUGAAAACAAAAUUGUGGAUUUGCAAUUGAUGAGAUAUUGGAGCUGCUGUGUUGAUUUAGUAUUCUUUUUGUUCACUAGUGUAACAAAUGACGUUCUAGACCAACAUUUCGACGACUUUUUGAAACUUUACCACCAAAGCUUUUUGGAUGCUCUAGCAGAUUUCAAAAUUGAUUUAGAACCAUUUUCCUGGGAAAAUUUUCUCGAGGAGCUAGACACCGUAGCUCCUGGGGAAAUGUUUCAUGUGUUAUUGAUGUUGAAACCUAUUUGCACUGAGAAAGGAAAAGUGAAGAACAGUUUGGAAGACUUUCAGGAUACUGAUUGGAGCAGGCAGGAUUUGUUGGGGCCCCAUCAUAGAAGAAAGCUACGUGAUACUGUUUUAGCAAUAGAUAAGAGAGGUUGGCUAUGAUAGGUGGGAGACUUUUGAAUUUAUGGCAAUUUAAUAGGGCAUUUUAUUUUAGUAGAAACGUAUUGUAGGUACAUGAAUGUCUUUUAUUUGUAUGUAUGUAUUGUUGUUUAAAUUAGCAAUUAAUGAAAAAAACAAACUGUAGAAUAAAAUUUGUAUAAAAAUGUGAAUUGAUAAAAACUACCUUAAUAAAAUGAUAAAAAAAAUUAAU